CGUUUUACGGCACUUUACGGCUUCCCAUUCACUUCGCUGUGAAGAUGGCGUCUGGCAGCGGGACAAAAAACUUGGACUUUCGCCGAAAGUGGGACAAAGAUGAAUACGAGAAGCUCGCGGAGAAGAGGCUCACAGAAGAGAGAGAGAAGAAGGAUGGAAAACCAGUGCAGCCAGUCAAGCGGGAGCUUCUGCGGCACAGGGAUUACAAGGUGGACUUGGAGUCCAAGCUGGGGAAGACGAUUGUUAUCACCAAGACGACCCCACAGUCUGAAAUGGGAGGCUACUACUGCAAUGUCUGUGACUGUGUGGUGAAGGACUCCAUUAACUUCCUGGAUCACAUUAAUGGAAAGAAACAUCAACGAAACCUGGGUAUGUCUAUGCGCGUGGAACGCUCCACUCUGGAUCAGGUAAAGAAGCGUUUUGAGGUUAACAAGAAGAAGAUGGAAGAGAAGCAGAAAGAUUAUGAUUUUGAGGAAAGGAUGAAGGAGCUCAGAGAGGAGGAGGAAAAGGCUAAAGCAUACAAAAAAGAGAAACAGAAGGAGAAGAAAAGGAGGGCCGAGGAGGAUUUGACUUUUGAGGAGGAUGAUGAAAUGGCAGCUGUGAUGGGUUUCUCUGGCUUUGGUUCCACCAAGAAGAGUUACUGAAGCGUUCUCUUUGGCCUAACUUUGGCCUAUACUGGACCUAAUGAGUGUGUGUUGAGGUGGGGUGGGAGCGUCAUUUCUUUUUUGGGUACUGAAGAAGGUUCUUAAGAGUGUUAAUGGGCAGGGCUAGGGAGUGGGUGUUUGUGGUUUCCCUCUGUGUUGGGAGAGGGCACAGGAUGUAGAGGAGGUACUGUGGCGUAGUCCUUCAGCCUCAGUACAUUACUGGAGUCACAGAACCUCUGCCCAUCUGUGUUCCCAAUAAAGAAAGACCUCCCUCUUUGAGACUGCUUUCCCCAAAUUCCCCUGCAUCUUUCCCUCUUCAUCUAUCAAACCUUUUGUCUGAACAUCCUCCUUUUUCCUGUGUCCUGCUAUUGUUUAAUUUUUACUCUUGUUCAGCUUGCAACAGAAGGGUUUUGAGUCUCCAGUAUUCGGGUACUGGCAUACCCUUGGCUCAGCUCUUUCUCCCAUCCCACCCCGCGGUUCUCUACCCACUUGUGCAUGCAUGUGAUUUCUGCCUGGGUCAACGUGUGUGUGGGUAUGUGUGCAUGAUAUGUCACAAAGAGGGGACCUGAGCUAGAAUCUCAGAGAUUGAUGCCCUGAGACCUAGUGUUGUUGGUUUCCUCAGUGCAUGUAACCGGAUAUUAAAUGGGAUGAGUGUCUGGUGAGUUUUUAACCUCGUUUCUUCUGUUUCACUUCACUGAGGAUCUCUGGUUUUGUCUUCCUCGGGAAGAGGUUCCUGGAAGAACCUGUUUUAUGCAAAAAAGAAAGCAACAAAACAGCCCUAAACCAAACAAAGGCAGGCACUCUGGGAGACCCCGGUCCUCAGACACAGUUCAACAUGUACAGUAAAUGACAGUGACAAGGCCUGUUUCACAUUUGUUGGUAACAUGUCCAUAUCAUUCCCUGCCCCACACGUUCCUCCACCAAGAAUUUCUAUAGACCCUUUCUCAUCCCACCCCCUUACAUAUAGGUUUCCUUAGUGUGAGUUUUCCCCUCGGCUAAUAGGAUCUGUGCCCUUGAGAGCCCGAACAAAACAUUUUAGUCCCCUGUAAUUUUANCNCCCUCUGAUCUUCCUAGAAGAGCUCAGGGCUAAACUUACCUGUCUGCAGUUGGACGGGCACUGGGUUAUUCAGUCUUGGCACUGUUGAUGAUGAGCUAGGUAAGUUUUGGAAUUGGGGUUUUUGUUUUAUAUUUUUGAGACAGGGACCCACNUGANUGGUCUUGAACUCAGAUAUCUGCCUGCCUCAGCCUCUCCAGUGCUGAGAUUAAAUGAGUGUGCCUCCAUUCCUGACCAGGUUUUUUUUUUUUUUUUUUUUUAAAGUGGCUCUAUAGUAUAUUGAGCAGUGUCCCUGGCCUUCACCCAGUAGAUGUUAGUAGCAUUCCCAUCCAGUUUGUGACAACUACAAAUAUCUUUGUCCCCUGGGAGUAGGUAAAUGGCUCUCNCAUUGAAAAUGACUAAACCUCUUAUCCACUGUAGUGUAACUUGUGAACUACAUGAUAGACUAGUUAAAAACAAAUCCCUCCCAAAUAUUGAGAGCUAGAUCACAUACUGUGCCUUGUCUAAGGAAUUCAAGGGCGAGAUGGGGAUGAGGGCACAGGUGACAGUUAUACAAGUCUUGUAAACAGAUGAAGCUCCCUUUGCUGGCUCUAUACUCUCAAUAAAGGGGUCCACUUGA